AGAGACAAAACCUCAAUGAAUGUGUUCUUCAGAAUAAUUUGCCCAUUUUCUCCCUUUGCUCACAGCUUUAGAAGAAAGAAGCCGGUCACCCGAAGGGAUGAUAUCAGAGAUGUUACCAAAAAGGCCAAGCAGAACAAGACCACCAGUCUCCAAGGCUCCUUGGAAAUUGAGGAAUGCGAUUCUGCCACCAUGAUGGAAGGAUUGAAAAAACGUACAAGGAAGGCCUUUGGAAUACGGAAGAAAGAAAAGGACACUGAUUCCACAGGCUCGCCAGAUAGGGAUGGAAUCCAUCCCAGCCCACACGAACCACCCUACAAUAGCAAAGCAGAGUACGCACGCGAAGGAGGAAAAAAAGUAUCGAAGAAAAGCAAUGGUGCCCCGAAUGGAUUUUAUGCAGAGAUCGACUGGGAAAGAUAUAACUCUCCUGAGCUGGAUGAAGAAGGGUACAGCAUCAGACCGGAGGAACCCGGCUCUACCAAAGGAAAGCACUUUUAUUCUUCAAGUGAAUCGGAAGAGGAAGAAGAAUCACACAAAAAGUUUAAUAUUAAAAUUAAACCUUUGCAAUCUAAAGACGUCCUCAAGAGCGCCGCCACUGUGGACGAGCUAAAGGCAUCCAUAGGCAACAUCGCGCUUUCUCCGUCGCCUGUGAGGAAAAGUCCGGUAUCUGUUCUCUCUUCCUUUUUGCUGAUCACAGAGGCGCAGCCCGGUGAAGAGGUAGCAAGACCUCGGCGCUCCACACCCACACCAGAGCUCGUAAGCAAAAAGGCUCCAGAGGACCCCGUGGCUCUUGCCCCGCUGUUUGGCCCUCCUUUGGAAUCAACGUUUGAAGAGCAGAAAUCUGAAGUUCCUUUAGAUCAGCCGGAGAUCUGGGGCUCUGUCCAGCCAGUGAAUGCAAGCCUUGAGUCUCCAAAGUUAACAAGACCUUUUCCCACUGGAACACCUCCGCCCUUGCCUCCUAAAAACGUACCAGCCACCCCACCUCGAACGGGCUCUCCUCUAACAGUGGGACCAGGCAGUGAGCAGACCACACACGAGGUCAAAGGUGACAAACUACCAUCCAUCAGUGACUUGGACAGCAUUUUUGGCCCAGUUUUGUCCCCCAAGUCUGUGGUCGUUAACACAGAAGAAAAGUGGGUCAAUUUUUCUGAUGCAUCCCCGGAACGGGUCACUCCAGAGUUGACUUCAAGGGAAAAGGUGGCAUCCCCACCACCAGUGUCAGAAAACCCAGCUGAUAUCCCAGCUGGAGACCCUCCACGCAACAUCCCUUCGCCACUUGAUUUAGAAGAGGUUCAGAAGAAGUUUUCUGAGCAGACCCUCGGGAAAGAUGAUUACUUAGAAACAGUCGCAUCUCCUAAAGAUUUGGGGUUGGGCCAGAGAGCUACACCACCUCCCCCUCCACCACCCACCUACCGGACCGUGGUAUCGUCACCCGGACCCAGCUCGGGCAGUGGGACGGGAACCGCCAGUGGCGCAUCGUCCCCUGCCCGGCCUGCCACCCCCUCGGCCCACUGCAGCAGCGGGACUACACCGCCACCACCGCCUCCUCGACCUCCGUCCAGACCCAAGCUGCCUCCGGGCAAGCCCGGAGUGGGAGACGUGUCCAGACCUUUUAGCCCUCCCAUACAUUCUUCGAGCCCUCCUCCAAUCGCACCCCUUGCCCGGGCAGAGAGCACAUCAUCUAUAUCAUCCACCAACUCCCUGAGUGCAGCUACGACACCUACUGUUGAGAAUGAACAGCCUUCCCUCGUUUGGUUUGACAGAGGAAAGUUUUAUUUGACUUUUGAAGGCUCUUCUCGGGGACCCAGCCCUCUGACAAUGGGUGCUCAGGACACCCUCCCUGUGGCCGCAGCAUUCACAGAAACAGUCAAUGCCUAUUUCAAAGGAGCAGACCCCAGCAAGUGUAUAGUGAAGAUUACUGGCGAGAUGGUCCUGUCCUUUCCUGCAGGCAUCACCCGACACUUUGCCAACAAUCCCUCCCCGGCCACCCUGACCUUCCGAGUGGUGAAUUUCAACAGGUUAGAACACGUCCUGCCAAACCCCCAACUUCUCUGCUGUGAUGAUGCCCAAUCUGAUGCCAACACCAAGGAAUUCUGGGUAAACAUGCCAAAUCUGAUGACUCACCUAAAGAAAGUGUCUGAGCAAAAACCACAGGCAACGUAUUAUAACGUGGACAUGCUCAAAUAUCAGGUAUCUGCCCAGGGUAUUCAGUCCACUCCACUGAACUUGGCAGUGAACUGGAGGUGUGAGCCAGCGAGCACCGAUCUGCGCAUCGACUACAAGUAUAACACAGAUGCAAUGACCACCCCAGUCGCCCUCAACAAUGUCCAGUUCCUCAUCCCCAUUGAUGGCGGAGUGACCAAACUUCAAGCGGUGCUGCCCCCUGCUGUUUGGAAUGCUGAACAGCAAAGAAUACUGUGGAAAAUCCCUGAUAUCUCUCAAAAAUCAGAAAAUGGAGGGGUUGGUUCUUUGCUGGCAAGAUUCCAGUUAUCCGAAGGUCCUAGCAAACCUUCCCCAUUGGUUGUGCAGUUUACCAGUGAGGGAAGCACCCUUUCUGGCUGUGACAUUGAACUCGUGGGAGCAGGGUAUCGGUUUUCACUCAUUAAAAAAAGGUUUGCAGCAGGCAAAUACCUGGCAGAUAACUAAGAAAACCUUUUGCAAACAUAUGGAGAACCCAAAUCGCAGAGGACUCUGUCGUACAUGGAACAGGUUUUUGUUUUGGGGUUUUAAUGAAAACAAAGUAAAACCUGCCCUUGGGACAUUCCUGCUGAAAGUAUCCAUUGCUUUCAGCGACCUUUCUCCCUCCGUGGACAACACCGUGUUGAGACCAGUCCCACAGUAUUUACUUCUAGGUGUAACAUUGUUAAUGGUUUUAAAAUGUAAUUAUUGUAUUUGUAAAUUGUACUCAUUCCCGUAAGACUGUAUUUCAGGCGAUUAGACAAACUUGAGUUUUAGCAUUUGACCAUUCAUGAAAUGGGUGUAAUUUAAACUCUAGUAUAUAAAUUUAUUAGUAGUCCUGUUGACUGGCACAAGGCUUACAGAGAUAGAUUGCAUUUUGUCAAUAUAUAAAGUUGAAAUACGAUAUCGGUAGCGGCUUUCAAAGGGGGUGCCUCAUGCAAAGAAGGAUUGGCAGAAAUAAGAAAACGCUUUCCUUUCCUCCUCCAGUCCUUCCUAUGUCUUAUUCUAGAGUGUGAAAUUAAGAGUUCUACCUUCCAACAUUUCGUGGGGUUAAAUUUCAAGACUUUUCAUUCAAUUCUAAGGUUAUACCGUAUUUAAAGAAGGCAAGACGUACCACUUUUUAACCGCUUUUUUUUCAAACGGCAAAUUUCAUAAAAAUGCACGCCAUAUAAACAGGGCCUCUUAUUUUUAUAAUGUAUAAAAAGGGGAUAUUUAACGUUAAAAUUAUGAAAUUAUGAUUCAGAUUCCAGAGGAUUCUGGGAUCCAAAUCAUUUCCCUGUGCUCACCACCUCUCCCCCAAACUGGGCAAAUAUGGAGAUUCCUGAAUAGCCAGGCGCUUUUAUUGGGAUUGUGAGAUGAUGAGAAUUUUUCAAGAUCUUUAUUAAGAACUUUAUUGCUACCCGAUUGGGGAUGUCGCUAUUUCUGAAACUCUGCAGGCUGAAUGAACUGCAUCCUCUAGCCCCUUCCCCUACAUGUAGGCUGCCCAUCUUUGAGGGAGGUGGCUGGGAGCCCCCCUGUAUCCAUCUGACAGGAGAUUUUGAUCUGAGAGUCAUUUGGGGAAUGGGAAAAACCAAUUUAGGCUGUAUGAGAAAAGUUCUCUGCAAUAAAUGUUCUGUCCAAUGAGCAAAAUGUUCCUUAAAAAUCGGAAUUACUGUAAACUAGAAACACUGGCCAUCAUUCCUUUGGAACCAACAAAAUGGGUGCAAUCCACAGCUCCUCUCAUUGAUCUCCAUUGCCACAAGGCAGAAGGGGAAAAUGGAGUCCUCUCAUCCUGACCAGCAGAAUGCAGGUUCACAGAGGACAAAUAUUUUGGGGGGGCGUGGGGGGGGGGGAGAUGCACAAUGAUUGUCCAGUCUUUCUAUGGAAGAACCUGCCCUCCAGCCUCUUGGCACACCACCCCGCUAGCAUUUAGGUACUUUUUCGGAGAGGUGGGGGGACUCUAUGUUCGUUCAUUGGUGAAGAGUAUUCCCUAUGUGGAGAUUCCCUUCACGGAUAACAAUGUCUCAGAAAUUAAUCAUUUUUAGGAUUUGCCGAGAGCACUGAGACUUUAAGACUGUGGUCAGAUAGCCAGUAUACAUCAAAAACAGGACUUAAACCAAGAUCAUCUUGACUCCAAGGCCAGCCUUCUCUCCAAUGAUUACACUGCCUCUCUUGGAUACAUACAUAUAUGGGUUUAUGUGUAUAUAUAACACACAUCAUUUUAACCAGAUGUGAUUCUAUCAGUAUAAUGGACAACCAGUAAAGAAACUCCCUCCACCAGAGCUAAUCUGCACCUGCUUUGAAAUUUCUCAUUUUAAAAGGUUGCCUGGGAUACUGAGAAGUUAAGGGACUUUGCCAGGGUCACCCAGCCAAGACAAGUCAGAGGGCCUGAACCCAAAUCUUCCUGUCCUUGUGGCCAGUGCUCUCUCCAGUAUACUUGUCUUAGAUCCUGAUCCCCUCCUUACCCACCUUGAAAUUAUGGGAGUUCUGUUCUUGAGCAGUCUCCUGUUCUAGUCUAAGUUUAUUAUUAUACCCAUAAAUCGUUCUUUUUACCAUUCAUUGCAGUGAUCUUUGGCACCUACAAAUUGGGGGGGCCAGGGGUUAAAAUAUAUUGAGAAGACCAUCUUUAACCUAAAACCACUAGAGGAAAAAUUUGAGCAUUGUUUUGUUUGUACAUGUAGACUUUGGCAAGUGUUUUAACCUAUGUGAAUGUGGGAAUGGACAGUGGGUUUCACUGGGGAAGAAUCACGGCCGCCCUACUCAUCAUCGUCAAGAAGGUUCAUUCACCCAUCCUUCUUUCCUUCCUGGUAAAGACACUAGUUACUUGGAGGCUCCUUGUCCAUUUUGACAAAUGAAACCCACAAUGAAUUAAGGAGCUCAGAGAUGUUGGGGAACCCCAAAUGUAGGAGUGAAAAGAAAAAGGGGGACAUCACACUUAAAAGAUGAAAGAUUGAAACUAAAAAGAGACAUGGAUCAGAAAAUAAGAUAUGUGUGAGGAAUGGAACUAUCAAGAGUGUCUGGAAUAACCCCUCCACAGAAGGGAGUUGACUGAGUAGUCACUCAGAGAACAAAACACGUGUAAAUAUUUCUUUCUGGUUCUCAUGUCUUACUCUUUAUAUUUUGCUUUAUACAGCUCUAUUACUUAAGUCAUAUAAACAUAUGGUAGCUCUUUAAAAGGAUGCCUUCUUUUGUUGAUAUUGUAAAAAUGUAAUUUUAAAAAUAUAUAUGACAAGGAUCCCUAAUGUGAUUCAGACAUCACUAGUUAAGAAAUUUUAAAGACUUAUUAUUGCCUACAAUCCCUGUACCAGAGAAUGGGACUCAUAGGCUUCUAAAUACAUGAAAACCUCAUUUAACUAGACAAACCCUCCUCCCCACCCACCCUUCCUUCCUUCCUUCUUAUACUUUUUUCCUUCCUUUUCUUCCUUCUUUUCUUUCUUUCCCCAUUCUUUUUUCUUUCCUUCCUUCCUUCCCUCCUUCCUUCCUCUCUUUCCUUCCUCAAACAUUUAUUAAGCACUAGUUACUCUGUGCCAGGCACUGUGCUUGGGCACUGGGGGUACAAAGACGAAACUAAAAAUGGCCCUUGCCCUCAAGUAGCUUGCAUUCUACUUGAAUUCAGCUUGCAGGAAAAAGAGACAAAUAGCAGCAAAACAAGUUCAUAUCAGGGACUGAAGUCUGUGUGUGUGUGUGUAUGUGUGUGUGUGUGUUUGCAUAUUUGUGUAUAUUUAUUUCUAGUUGUUUGGCUUUUUAUUUUUGCUUUCAAGCUUGGCCUUGGCCUUAGUAAACAUGUCAUCCAAUUCUCCACAACUUUAAUUCUACUGGUGUAAAAUGGGAAUCCAUGUCCAAAAUAAUAAGCUCGAGAGACAUGGCAGUGGUCCUCAGCCAUGAAAGAAUAGUUCAGCCAUUGCUGGGGGCUCUGGGGACUAUUCCCAGAAGAGUUUCAGUCAGUGUCAACCAGAUCACCCUAUUGCUCCAAACAUCCUCAUUCACGGAGACGUCACCCUGCUUGAUAUGGACAAGGAAUGACAUUUGAAUGGGAUAAAAAUCUUGUCUUCCCUCGAUCACAUUCAAAAGUUUUCUUCUUUAUUCAAGUACAUCCCACGUUUCCAUGAGAAAUGCUUUUGGAAAUGGAUUCUGGUUACGUAUUAGAAUACAGUUAAUCUCAGUAAUGACUAUCAUUUUCAUCUAAUAAGUUUUUCAUAUAGUGAGAUAGAUAUUUUUCAAGUCUGACCAGAGUUGCAGUUGGCCCAAAGAUAAACUUACUGCAUUAUUUUUUGCAUUAUAAUAUUGAGCUGAUUAAAGAGGAAAAAAAGAUCUGUGCUCAAAGUCAAUUAGUAUAAUUAUGUAGCAAUUCAGAUAAAUUAAUCUUUAAGUAUAUAGACAUUUCUAUUUAGGACAGGGACAUACAGGUAUGUUUACAAACAUACAUGGAAGGCAAUACCGUGUAGUCAUGAAUAAAGAGCUGGCUUUGGAGACAAGGAUUUGAGUUCAAGUCCUGUCUCUAAUUCCUACUGGAUUUGUGAGCUUGGGCAAGUCACUUAACUUACUAUCCUAGAAAAAGCUCUAAGGCUAAGGAAAGGUGCCAACCUGCAGUGUUAGAGGGAAUUUCUUUACCCAGGAGAUUCCCAUGCUGAGGAAAUCUCAGGUCCAGUCUUUUUUCCCUAUCUGCUAUAAAUGCACACACACACAUUUGUUGUGUGGAAUAUUUAGAGUCUCCAAACUGCUUUAGUUUGCUCUGCUGCUAACUCUUGCUAAGUAACCCUGGGAAAGUCAUUUCUGAAUUUCCUCAUUUCUUCCUUGGAAAAAUUUGGAGUAUAAGGUUAGGUUACUGAAAUGUAUGUAAUUACAUUUCAAUAAAUAAUUUAAAUAAUAUAGAGAUCUGAAGAAUCUCAGAGGCCCCUCCCAGCUCUAAAAUUCUAGGAUUCUUUGAGAUUUCUACUAUUGUUUUGAAUACAUUUUGUUAAGUAGAUGUUUGGGACUGUUAAUAAGAACCAGGAAGCCCUGCCCAAAUGGACCAAUUUCCUUUUCUGCUUCCUGGGUAAGAGGAUGAUAAUGGGACAAUAAAUGUCCACAUCUCUCCUGAGAAUACCAAGCUCAAAGUGCCCUGAAAAAUUACAUGGCAUGACCCACUCUCAGCAGAAAGACUUAGGAUGAGCUAGCUGCUCCCCUAAGAUGCCCUUCCAGCUCGGACAUUCUGCUAGCUUUGUCUUGGACACCGAAAAGCCCCCCAAAUCAAUGUACCUCGGAUCAGCAGCUCUAGGUUUCCUGUCUAUUUAAUUAACUCUUUUCCCUCUUCAAAAAGAAAAAAAGGAAAGAAAGUCCUUUUGUCCAUUUUUCUGUCUCAACAGAAACUCUCAGCUCCUCAGGCUUGGCCCCAAAUGCAGACUGCAGUCUGUCGAUUCAUUUCACUCAGGUUCUUUUCUUUGGAAAAGUCUUCUUCAAAACCUCGAAGCUGUCCGCUGUCCGCUCGAUUGGGGAUGAUGGGACAUAACUGGGCAGCAGGUUUUUAGCACAGGGGGUUCCAGAUGGAGGCUCUGUACAUCCCUGCAAUGGAGCAUUGAAGACUUUAAAAGCAACAGUUUGGGGGGGUCAUGAAGCAUGAGAAGGGGCUGCAAGGAGAGAGUCCCAAUCCCCAUUCCCAUUUCAGCACUGCCCAACUAAAUCCAAGCACUUUAAGGCAAAUUGGCCCAGCGGUAGUGCAGCACAUCCAUAGAUUGUUCCUGAAAAAGACCUAGACCUUCUCCCUUCCCAGACUGACGUCUUGUCUUCCCCCAAGCAGAAUUCCAUGCAGCCUGGCUGUACUUCAUUCAUUUGGGCACUCAUUCAAUAAGCAUUUAUUAGUCACCACUUUGUACCACUUACUAUGUGGGAGUGGGCAGGGAGAGCUUCGGAGACAAAAGCAAAACUGUCCAGCCCUCAAACGACUAUUUUGCUUGACAGUUUCCAGGGCAGAAAUCUGCAAGAAAAGCUCAAAUGAGUUUGUCAGGGUUGUGGAUUGGAGGCCUUUUUAAAAAUACAUUUUGGUAACUGUUUAAUAUGAUUGAUUUCCUUGUAAUCCCAAACAUUUUACUGUAUGUAUUUAUAAGCAUCAUUCAAAGAAGGGGUCCCUAGGCUUCACCAGACUGCCAGGGGGGUCCAGGGCACCAGAAAAGGUUAAGAACUCCUGUUUUUGCUCCAGAUGAAUGAGAUGAAUGGACACCUGUGAGAAUGGCUCAGAAAAGAACAAAAUACACAGAUUGUUUCCUCCAAAUAGAUCAGCUUGGAAUGAACUAGAAACCAGAGUGAAUAUAAUCAUCCAAAAAUAAAACUCCAGAAUUCUGGGGAUGCCUAUUAGGUGUCUUUCCUUAAUGAGUCACUUGCAACAAAAUGGCCAUAUGUCUUUUUUUUUCCCUCUAUAAUCCAUGGCAUUUCCUCUUAAGACUUGACACUAUCCUUCACUUCUUUGCUCCAUUCCCGUGUCACCUUAGAAAAUAAUAGCAAGAGGAAGCCUUUCUGCAUUCAUGAACAGAAUGAAAUUGCUCCACCAUCUUUAGAUGACCUGUGGAGGAAACCGAGAUUCAUUCAUUCAAAAAGCAGUUUGUAAACCCCAACUAUAGGCCUGAUAUUACACUAGGUACUAAGGAUGCGAGGAUGAAAAAACGAUACAGCCUCUAGCGUCAAAGAGUUGAACUUCAGCUCAGUUACGAUGAGAGAGAUGAGACCUGGAGUUGCUCAGCAAGCACCUACUAUGUGCUUUCAGGCACAUCCAAGCUAAGUGCUGAGGAUAAAAGGUCUCAUCCAUUUAAGAGUGCCUACUCCCAAGGAGCUCACACACAGAGAGGUAAAUACCAAAGAGGUUCAGAAUAAUUGGAGUGGAGAGGGGAGGCGUUAAUCGCUGACAACCAGGGGAAUCGGGAAAUGCCUGGUACAAGCUGGCAUUUGAGCUGAUCUUUGGAGGCUCUUCAGCAUUUUGAGAGUCAGAAAGAAACAUGGAGCCCAUCCCAAGAAUGGAGGAAUAGCCUGAGCAAGGUGUAGGGUCCCAGGGGAUGUCCAGCAAGUUGAGGCCAAGGAUCAUCAAGUAAACCAAAUUGUUAGAAAUAUAAAGGAUGUGAGGGAGAGCAAUGGUGAUGUCAGUCUGGAAAGGGAGACUGAAAGGAUGGGGAAGGAUACUAAGUGCCAAAGGAAUUGCCUGGGGCCAUAUUCCCAUUAUCCCUUGGACAACAAGGAACUACUGAAGCUUUCUCAGCAGAAGAGUGACCUGAGCAGACUAUAGCCUCAGAGAGUUGCCUAGUAAACUUGCCCAUUGUCGCAUACUUAAUAUAAGUUGGUUGUAGGGUUUGAACCCAAGUUCUUCUGAGUUCACUCUGCCAGUCCCCUCUAAAAAAUACUGUUCUUUGCUGUGUUCAACUCUUUAUGCCCCCAUUUGGAGUUUUCUUGGCAGAGAUACUGGUGCAAUUUGCCAUUUCCUUCUCCAGCUCAUUUUACAGAUGAGGAACAAGCUCAAGUGACUUGCCCAAGUUCACACAGCCAGUAUGUGUCUGAGGCCAGACUUGAACUCACCAAGCUGGGUCUUCCUGUUUCCAGACCCAGCAUUCUAACCACUGCACCAUCUAGCUGCCCUCUAUUACUCAUUUCAAAUUUCUAACACUCAUCCCCCACCCCCCCAGUCCAAAAAUUGUGGCAACACAAAGUUAUGGAACUCUGUAAAAGUAUUUAUUUGAAGUCUUGCACUUGGAAAAAUAUCCUCAGCUCUUCCCCUAGCUUUGAAGUUUUUAUAGCUUAGAGCUCAUGCCAAUAAGCAAUCAGUCACGAGGUCUGGGUGAAGUAUGCCUUUCGUUUACUGAAUCGUGUUUGCGAGGUGAUGAUUUAACCAUUUGUAACCACUUCCUCCCAGUACUGUAUGAAAAAGCAAAAAUGUAGUAAAGGUAAAAAGUAAACCAGUGAGUAGUCGCAUGGUGAAAAGUCAGUAUCCUCCCGGCACUUCCUAGUUCCGUUUCACUGUAUUUGGGCUUUCCAAGUUUUACGGGGAAAUUGGCAGCGUUUGGUGUUGUGAAAAGAGCCCUGAAUUGGGUCUGGAUUCGGCUACCUGAGAAUGAGAAAAACUGAUGUUUCCAUAGUUCUUUUGGUCUUGUGAAGCUCUUGAUUCACCAUAAACUCAUGAGGUAGGUUGGUCAAGUAUUAUCAUCCCCAUUUUACAGUUCAGCACACUGAGGCUCAGACAAGUAGUGACCAUACCGACGGUCCCACCUCUCGUAAUGGAUGGGUCUGGGAUGCUAUCCUAUGCCACACCAAGGCUGCCUCCCCAUUUUACAGUUCAGCACACUGAGGCUCAGACAAGUAGUGACCAUACCGACGGUCCCACCUCUCGUAAUGGAUGGGGCUGGGAUGCGAUCCUAUGCCACACCAAGGCUGCCUCCCCAUUUUACAGUUCAGCACACUGAGGCUCAGACAAGUAGUGACCAUACCGACGGUCCCACCUCUCGUAAUGGAUGGGGCUGGGAUGCGAUCCUAUGCCACACCAAGGCUGCCUCCCCAUUUUACAGUUCAGCACACUGAGGCUCAGACAAGUAGUGACCAUACCGACGGUCCCACCUCUCGUAAUGGAUGGGGCUGGGAUGCCAUCCUAUGCCACACCAAGGCUACCUCCCUUUCUUCCUGGGUGCUCACCUCCGGGUGCCUCCCAGAGGAUCUAAAGUCCAGGGUCUGCUAAAGGUUUCCUAGACAAUUCCUAUGUUUUCAGUUUUAGCAAAACAACUCCUUGGCAUUUCUACAAACGGCUGACAUUUUCCUCUCAUCCAGAGUUUGUAAUUGUUAUAGAAUAAGCAAAGCAUCUAAAUGUUUUCUUAUUUUAGCACAAGGAGGAUUCAAAUGGGAAUGUCGUCUCGGCUCUCUCCUUCUUAUAUACGCAUCACUGGCAAUUUUUCAUUGAUUUUGUUGCCUAAAUUAAUUCCUCCUGUUACUAAUGUAUCAUCCUUGCAGAUUCCUUUUCGUAACCCAGCCAAUAACUAGGGCCAUGUGACAGUUCUGCCCCAAGUCCAAAGCCAGAUUCUUUCCUUUCCUGGUAGGUUGCCAGGCUGAUAAUUGGAUUCUUAUGUAGACUGGAGCCGGCUUUGCUAGUCAGUAUUUUAAUCGUGGUGUGAUUGAAUUUGGAUGUGACUCUCGUAUCCCAGGAAAGAUGGAAACACUACUGAAGAAUAGGUAGCCUCCUACCCCUAAGUGUGGCCAGAGCUGCCUUCAAGCAUCCGAAAUUGGGAGCGGGGUUAGCUUUCUUCUCUCCUGAGACCAAAGCGAGGUGCGAUGGAGGGCAGGGGCAGAGAGGCAGAUUUCGAUUCCAAGAGGGCUGCCCCAAAGGCAAAGGGGCUGCCCCAAAAGGUAGCGAGUUCCCCUUUGCUGGAGGUCUUCAGGCAAAGAUGAGGUGACACUCAUUAGAGCUUCUGUCAAGGGGUUUCUUCUUCAGGUAUGAGUUGGACCAGAGGGCCCCCGAGGUCUCUUCCAACUCUGAAAAUUCUGGGAUGCUGCGAAUUUUACCUGUGAUAGCUGGGACCCGCUGCUUGCAAGGGGGUUGAGGUCUGUUCUUGUGUUUGUAUGGAAGAGAGUUCUUGUUGUUCUUGUUACUAUUGUUUAUCUUGUUUUUACUUUGCACAGAAAAUAGAAAUCAGAUGGUUGAGUUUAGCGUGGGCCCCAGUAGGUGACCCUACACCCCACUUUUUAAACAUAUCUUACUUCCCAAGAAAAGAAUCAUGGAAAGUGUCUGCAAAAAUGUGUCUUAAAAGUCAUGAGAUUCAACUGGGGUGUUUCCAGGAAAAAGAGCUCCCUAAUGAAUGCCAGGGCCUUUGAGCAAAGGGGAAGCGAGGGCCCGCUGGCAGCUUGGGAGUCCAGGGCACUUUCUGAUCUGGGAUGGCAGGGAUUCCUUUGGGGUUCUGUCCCCUGCCCCCUUGGAGCAGAAGUGGGGUGGAUCUCUCCCUUCCUGGUCCCAUAUCAAGUCGUUCUAUCAUUUUCUAAGAUACUUUGUGUAUAAACUGUUUAUAAGAAUUGUGGAUGAAAAUACACAUAAGUAUAUUUUUCAAGUUUAAGUUAAAUGCCUGGCCUUUUCGCCUCUGUGUGCAAUUUAUUCUGAUAGCCCGUGGACUGCUUGGUCUGUAAUGAAAGCUUUACUGGGUAGCCAAUGUUCUCAGAGAAAACCCCACGCAAGAGCAGGGGGUGUUCCAUCCAGCCCCCCCACCCCCCGCAGCCCCAGAGGCAUCUGAUUGGCUACAGAUGGACCCCGGUGAAAUGAAAGUGUGGUAUUGAGUUGUUGAGGACCAUCGCCAGACAACAGAGUUGAAUGCGACUUGCCUUAUAGAGGAGGAGACAGAUCUGGGGGUGUCACUUUGGGGGGUAAAUAAUGGUUUUUAUAAAUGUGUUCUGCCAUGUUCGCACCCACCCCUCUCACUCAUGUCACAAAAUACUGAUUAUGCAAUUCUUGACCAUGACCGAUUCCUUACUGCGGGAGGGUUUCCAUUUCAGAGCAAAGUUGACUCAUUGUAUGCCGAAGAACAAGAGGAACUGUCCAAAUCAGUUGUCAUUGAAAUGUGAUUUUUUUUCCUGGAAAAUAAAUGAAAACUAUGAGAACAGUG